AUGAUACUGCUCCCUCGCUAUCGGUAUGGUGUCCUUUGGUUCCUCCUGCUUGCCGUCCUGUGCCUUUGGCUCAUUGGACCCUCCCCUGCUCACGCUGCUCACUUCCGUGUCGGGGUGGUAGGGCCGUGGUCAUGUGACCCUCUCUUCUCCAAAGCGCUGCCGAGUGUGGCGGCCCAGCUGGCAGUCAACCGUAUCAACAGAGACGCUGUCCUCUCACUGGCAGCCACUUUUGAUUAUGUCAUUCUGGAAGAGAAAUGUGAGACUUCCAGAGCUCUGGAUGGGUUCAUGGGCUUCUAUACCAGGGCUACAGGCUUCAUCGGGCCGGCCAACCCUGGGUACUGUGACGCUGCAUCGCUACUGGGCAAGGGCUGGAACAAGGCGGUGUUUUCGUGGGGAUGUGUUGGCUAUGAGCUGGAUGAUGUGCGGAGUCACCCUACCUUCGCCCAUUCCAUGCCCCGACCCACCUGGGUGCUGAUCAGCCUCAUGCAGCACUUCCGCUGGGCACAAGUUGGCAUCAUUGCCUCCUCAGAGGACAGCUGGGUGGAGACCUCCAUCAAGGUGGCCAACUCUCUGAGGAGUCAUGGGAUGCCGGUGAGGCUGGUGGUUACCAUCGGUAACGACCCUGGUAGUGUCAGGAAGACCCUGGCCAAGCUCAAGAAGGUGGAGGACCUACGAUUGGUGAUCAUGUGUAUGCACUCUGCCCUGAUCGGAGGGGGACCUCAGAAGCUCCUGCUAGAAACAGCAAAGGACAUGAGACUGACCGAGGGAUCCCUGGUGUUUCUCCCCUACGACACGCUACUCUACAGCCUACCCUACCACAAUGUCACUUACCCUGCCCUGAAGAGCAACAGCAAGCUACUCAAGGCCUACGAUGCCGUGUUGACAGUCACUAUAGACUCUCCCAAGACAUCUUUCUACCAGGCCUAUCAGGAGGCUAUAGACAGGGGAGAGAUAGCGGGAAAUGUCAAGCCAACACAGGUGUCUCCUCUGUUUGGGACCAUCUACAGCUCCGUGCUGUUCAUGGCCCAUGCUGUCCACAGGGUCAAGGCCUCAGGGGAGUGGCUCUCUGGGGGGAACCUGGCCCAACACACCCACAACCUGGCCUUCCAGGGUUUCAGCCACCCUGUGAGGACUAACAUGUCUGGAGCCGGCGUGGCUGACUACGUAAUACUGGAUACAGACGGGAAAACCUGGGACCUCAGGCCCACACACAGGAUAGAGAUGGCUGCUGACAUGGUGAGGUUCCUGGGUAGAGAUAUCCACUUCCCACACGGUAUCUCCCCCAAGACUGACUCCAACUGUUGGUUCAUCAAAGGCAUCAUCUGCACUGGAGGUGUGGAUCCGUUCUCUGCUGUUAGGAUCUUCCUGGGAUUCUUCCAGACGGGUUUCGUCUUGUUUAUUCUAACCUACUGCAUCAAGCGACGCAUCAACCACAUCCGGUUGUUCCGGGGUCCCAACAAGAUCCUGCUCACCCUUGACGACGUCACUUUCAUCAACCCGUCGCUUAGCAACAAGAAGCUUAGUAUAGACAGUAACAGAAAGAUCAGUGGAGUCUCUCUGACGAGCCAUUCACAGCACAGCCUCACGUCCCCCUUCUCUGAGCAAUCACCUGCUACCUACGAGAACUCCAACGUCGUCCUCUAUGAGGGAGACUGGGCGUGGCUGAAGAGACUCCCUCAUGGAACGUUCAGGAAUAUCAACCCCAAAACCAGUGACGUGUUUGAAUUGAUGAAGGACAUGCGUCAUGAGAACAUUAACCUUUUCCUGGGUUUCUUCCACGACUGUGGAGUGUUUGCCAUCGUAACCGAGUUCUGCACCAGGGGAAGCAUGGAAGACCUAUUGCUCAAUGAGGAUGUCAAACUGGAUUGGAUGUUCAAGUCAUCACUACUGCUGGACCUUAUUAAGGGUAUGAAGUACCUGCACCACAGGAACUUGUAUCACGGUCGUCUGAAGAGCAGGAACUGUGUGGUAGAUGGACGCUUCGUCCUGAAGAUCUCUGACUACGGAUACAACGAGGUUCUAGAGGCAGCAAAGUUCCCCUACACAGAACCUCCUGCAGAGGACCUGUUGUGGACUGCCCCUGAGAUUCUGCGUGGCCCCUCCCCCGGUCUCUACGGCAGUCUCCAUGGAGACGUGUACAGCUUCGCCAUCAUCAUGCAGGAAGUGGUCAUGAGAGGCCCGCCUUUCUACAUGCUGGAGCAGUCUGCUGCAGAGUUGAUCCAGAAAAUCCGUAAGCCCCCUCCUCUGUGUCGUCCGGUGGUCUCCCCUGACUACGCCCCUAUGGAGUGUAUCCAGCUGAUGAAACAGUGUUGGAACGAAGAGCCAGACAGACGGCCAUGCUUCGACCAGAUCUUUGACCUGUUUAAGAACAUCAACAAGGGCAGGAAGACCAACAUCAUAGACUCCAUGUUGAGGAUGCUGGAGCAGUACUCCUCUAACCUGGAGGAGCUGAUCAGAGAGAGGACCGAGGAGCUGGAGAUAGAGAAACAGAAGACUGAGAAACUACUCACUCAGAUGCUGCCACCGACGGUUGCGAAUGCCCUGAAGGUGGGUGGUACGGUGGAACCGGAGUACUUUGACAACGUGACGCUGUACUUCAGUGACAUCGUUGGCUUCACCACCAUCUCAGCCAAUAGCGAGCCCAUCGAAGUGGUUGACCUUCUGAACGACCUCUACACGCUGUUUGACGCAAUCAUUGGCAACCAUGAUGUCUAUAAGGUGGAGACGAUAGGCGAUGCCUACAUGGUGGCGUCAGGGUUACCGGUUGCCAACGGAGAUCGUCACGCGGCAGAGAUAUCCAACAUGGCGCUAGACAUCCUCAGUGCUGUGGGCACCUUCAAGAUGAGACACAUGCCUGACGUACCUGUACGGAUACGCAUAGGAUUACACUCAGGUCCGUGUGUGGCGGGGGUGGUGGGACUGACCAUGCCUAGAUACUGUCUGUUCGGAGACACUGUCACCACAGCCUCUCGUAUGGAGUCCACUGGGAUGCCCUACAGAAUCCAUGUCCAUAACAGCACAGUUAAAAUCCUGCUGGAACUCAAGGCAGGAUACAAGGUGCAACUGAGAGGCAAAACUGACCUGAAGGGAAAAGGAGGAACAGAGGAGACCUACUGGCUCAUAGGGAAGGACAACUUUGAGAAACCUCUCCCCGUCCCCCCUGAAUUCAAGAAAGGGUCUGUCCAGGAGAUCAAGGACUUCAAGCUGCUCCUCCAGAAGGCCGUGAAGAAGAUCUCCACUGUCAGAACGGUGGCUAUGGUUACUAUGGCGGACGACGACAACGUCAUGAUGCACCACCACUGACCAAUCAGACUUCCUGAUGCACCACCACUGACCUUUGACCCUAGCCAGAAAGAGGCAUCAGGGGAGCUACUGCAAAGGCAUAUUUUGACUCCGUUUCAAAUCAAUGGAACUUGGGGCUGACCAAUGAGGACCACCAAUUGACUAUUGUGUGGACAUCAAACCUUUUUGCUUUUAUGGCUCCCGGUCUUUCAGACUGAUUCUGUGUCCAUUAUGAGCCUUGGAUCCUUACUAUCGCCCCAUGGUCAACAAAGAGGGAACAGCAGGGCGGAAGAGGAUCCAGUGACAUCCAGUUUGCGUCUGCAGGUUAUUGGUGAAUAUUCAGAAAAGGGAGCUUACAAGUGUCUGGUCAUACAUUGCCCAAGCAACCGUGUGUGCGUGCGUCUGCAUACCCCUGUGUGUGUGUGUGUGUGUGUGUGUGUGUGUGUGUGACGGGGGAGGGGAAGUGAAAGGAUGUGCUGUGUAGAGAUUACUGCAGCUUGUUUUAAAUAUGAAGCAUCUUGCCAGACGGUAGGACUAUUAUUAGAACUAUCAGUGUUACUCAGUAAACCACGGAUCGGAUCUGUCCAGUGAGUCUACUCGCUUGGUGUCCCAUAAGCGCUUUGCUCCAAAGCCUCUUCCUGCUUUUCUUCUCCUCCUGAUUUCCUCCUUCUCAUCCUCCUCUCUUCGUGAAACACAAGCUUUGCUUUGUUUUUUUGUUCUUGCAUGUUGUGUUAUGUUGAUGUUCUUUCAUUGUAAACCUCGGACUCUUCCAGAAAAACUCUCCCGGAAUUUUGAACCUGCAUAGGUCAAAUCAAAUUGUAUUUGUCACAUGCGCUGAAUGCAACAGUUGUAGGUUUACUUACGAGCCAUUUCCCCAACAAUGCAGUGCAAAAAAACAACAAUUACAAAAAAUAUGAUGGGUCAGUGACGGGUCGCUGCAGGUGUGAAAAUCCCCAUAUAAAGUGAUACGUUUCUGUAAAAAUCCCCAUAUAAAGUGACACGUUUCUGUAAAAAUCCCCAUAUAAAGUGAUACGUUUCUGUAAAAAUCCCCAUAUAAAGUGAUACGUUUCUGUAAAAAUCCCCAUAUAAAGUGAUACGUUUCUGUAAAAAUCCCCAUAUAAAGUGACACGUUUCUGUAAAAAUCCCCAUAUAAAGUGACAUGUUUCUAUAAAAAUCCCCAUAUAAAGUGAUACGUUUCUGUAAAAAUCCCCAUAUAAAGUGAUACGUUUCUGUAAAAAUCCCCAUAUAAAGUGACACGUUUCUGUAAAAAUCCCCAUAUAAAGUGAUACGUUUCUGUAAAAAUCCCCAUAUAAAGUGAUACGUUUCUGUAAAAAUCCCCAUAUGAAGUGACACGUUUCUGUAAAAAUCCCCAUAUAAAGUGACACGUUUCUGUAAAAAUCCCCAUAUAAAGUGAUACGUUUCUGUAAAAAUCCCCAUAUAAAGUGAUACGUUUCUGUAAAAAUCCCCAUAUGAAGUGACACGUUUCUGUAAAAAUCCCCAUAUAAAGUGAUACGUUUCUGUAAAAAUCCCCAUAUAAAGUGACACGUUUCUGUAAAAAUCCCCAUAUAAAGUGAUACGUUUCUGUAAAAAUCCCCAUAUAAAGUGACACGUUUCUGUAAAAAUCCCCAUAUAGAGUGAUACGUUUCUGUAAAAAUCCCCAUAUAAAGUGACACGUUUCUGUAAAAAUCCCCAUAUAAAGUGACAUGUUUCUAUAAAAAUCCCCAUAUAAAGUGACACGUUUCUGUAAAAAUCCCCAUAUAAAGUGACACGUUUCUGUAAAAAUCCCCAUAUAAAGUGACACGUUUCUGUAAAAAUCCCCAUAUAAUGUGACACGUUUCUGUAAAAAUCCCCAUAUAAAGUGACACGUUUCUGUAAAAAUCCCCAUAUAAAGUGAUAAGUUUCUGUAAAAAUCCCCAUAUAAAGUGACACGUUUCUGUAAAAAUCCCCAUAUAAAUUGACACGUUUCUGUAAAAAUCCCCAUAUAAAGUGACACGUUUCUGUAAAAAUCCCCAUAUAAAGUGACACGUUUCUGUAAAAAUCCCUAUAUAAAGUGACACGUUUCUGUAAAAAUCCCCAUAUAAAGUGACACGUUUCUGUAAAAAUCCCCAUAUAAAGUGACACGUUUCUGUAAAAAUCCCCAUAUAAAGUGACACGUUUCUGUAAAAAUCCCCAUAUAAAGUGACACGUUUCUGUAAAAAUCCCCAUAUAAAGUGACACGUUUCUGUAAAAAUCCCCAUAUAAAGUGAUACGUUUCUGUAAAAAUCCCCAUAUAAAGUGAUACGUUUCUGUAAAAAUCCCCAUAUAAAGUGACACGUUUCUGUAAAAAUCCCCAUAUAAAGUGACACGUUUCUGUAAAAAUCCCCAUAUAAAGUGACACGUUUCUGUAAAAAUCCCCAUAUAAAGUGACACGUUUCUGUAAAAAUCCCCAUAUAAAGUGACACGUUUCUGUAAAAAUCCCCAUAUAAAGUGACACGUUUCUGUAAAAAUCCCCAUAUAAAGUGAUACGUUUCUGCAACAUGUGUAUAACACAUCUGUGAAAUCACUCGUGAGUAUAUACUUGGGGCCUAGAAGGGACUGUUAUGUAUAGUAUGUGCUCACUGAGACACUUUGUAUGUGAGAGACAAUUCCUCAAAAUAUCACCUGUAGGACUUCUCUGAUGUACAAACAUACACUCUGAUGACGCACAAACAUUCCUGUAUGGAAUAAUUCUUUCCAUCAUCAUUUUUCAACACGCCUGUAUUAUAACCACUUCAAGACGAUAUAAUAUUUUGUUUGUUUACCGGUGUUUAUUGUAUUUGUGUAUAAUUGUGUACUGUAACUUGUUAGCAUGGCUUGCAAUACAAAAUUGUGAAAAUUGU